UACAAUCGGACCAGUGUUUCUCGGAGCAGUUGCUCGUUGUGUAGGCGGGAGGUGAACAAAAAUAGCUCAGUAGAGGUGUGUUAUGUAUAUGGAGCGACGUCGAUCUGCGUCUGCUUUCUUGAUGUCGCCCUUGACGCUACUGUUGGUCACUUUUUCUCAAUCUGCAGUUCAAGGUUCUUGUGGAUCAGGAAAUAUUGCCGAGAAACAAGUAGUUCUUGCUAAAUCAGUGAAGGUACUUGAAUCCAUUACUGAAUCAAGGAGGAGGAUUGCACGGGUUGCAGAGCGGCUUGAGGUAGUUGUGCAAGCUGUAGAAGAGGUACAGCCAAAGCAAGCCAUACAAGAAAUCAUAGAAUUUCAGUUGGAAAAUAAUGAGAACGUGGUCAAGUUUAACAGAGAAUGCAAUGGAAUUCUAAAGAAUUUUGGAUCUUGUUUGACAUUGAGCCACUCUAUUGACAUUCGUAAGUGGGUUCUCGACUGGGUGACCAAAUAUGAAAUUUUUAAUUUAUUUAUACAAUUUCUCGUUCAACUUGUGGUGUAUGGUCUCUGUAAUCUCUAUAUUUUAAUGUGGCGUUGCAAAAAAUGGUCAGUUAAUUGUGAUGCACUAAUUCAAGUUCAGGCUUUUUGGCAUCUGAUUGAGGAUGUUGCUUAUGUUGGUUUCAAAGAGCAUGAUCAUAUGAAAUCAAAUUGCUCUGUUUGCUGUUUAGCAGCUUGUUCAGAUUCUGAACAGUCUGAAAUGACAUUAUUCAACAAGUUCAAGAAAAGUGCAGCAUUUACUUUCGUGAAAAGUCUGCUUGUGAGAGGUGAGGAAACGACAGUUGUCUCUUCUACAGAAGUCUUAGUCACGCCAAAAGAAGGCCACACUGUGUUUAAUGAUAUGAAGUUUUUUGUCCCAUCGAAUGCAGUUGAAACAUCUGUUCUAGUUAGUGCUACAUUGUACAGAAACCGACCAGGAGAGUUGCAGGAAAGUAAAUGUUAUGAAACCUGUGACGCCAAUACUUUUAUCAUGAGCUUAGUAUUGGAAUUAAAUCCUUGUGGUCAACACUUUAAGAAUCCUGUUGAAAUUACAUUAAGUCACUCGGCAAGCUGUCGAGGUUGGCGACUAUUUCUUUUUCGAAACAAGACAGACAACAAACACAGAUGGGAAAAAAUUGUUGAAUAUUGUGUCAACAGUGGCAAGUUGGAUGUCCACGACUGUGACUAUUUACCAGCAACCAACACUCUGUUUUUGACUCAUUUUUGUCGCUACUGUUGGGUGGGCGUGGCACAGAAUUAUGCUAAAAAGAAUAUGUACUGUUCUUUGUUUGCCAAGCGUUUAUACUCGAGAGACAGCUGGAGGUUAAUUCUCAUUUUACACGAUGCAUCUGACUCAGUAUUUGAGAACAUUCUAGCUAGAAUGCAGAACACAGAAAGAGUACUUUAUCUUGACGGUCCACAAGUACUUCGCAUAGGGUCAAGUGGAACAGUUGAAGUCGACUUUGAAAGUCGUACGUGGGAGUCACCUCAAGCAUCAAAGAAAUUGCAAGUCAAUGACUUAUGGAGGAUGCCAUAUGCUACAGAAUACAACUUUGAUUAUCAAAUUCAUAUUGUUCUGGGAUCUAAUACAAGUGAAGUUGCUCAAGAGAAGGAAGUGGCAAUAAAUAUUAAAUACAGAAAUGAGACAGUGAUCCUGACUGGUUGGCUGCCUCUGAGUCAGACAAAGGAUUGUGUUGAGUGCUCUCAUGAUGUUGGUAGCCAAUCAGGAGGAGGUGACAAAAAUGCCACAAUUCGUCGGUCUAGUGCGGCAGCUGCAGCUUUCUAGUUUCUUUGUGUCUGCUAAGCAAGUGUGUGUCACCCAUUCUUUAUAUCCACAGUUGUAUGCAUGUCUCAGCUGGUAUUAAGUGUUCAUGUAAUUUUGUAUUAGUGUCAUGUGCUAGUUGGUUAAACACAGCAAAAACAGUUUACAUUUUAAGAACGUGUCAAUUUACUUUUUAACUUUGUGACGUAUUACUGUGAGUACUAGAUGUACUGACUGGGUUGAAAUUAAUUAAUCAGCCCGUUACCUGGAGAACGAAGUACUGAUUAUAAUUUCUGUUCAGCAAUGAAAUGUG